CGCACAGGCCACAGCGCGCCGCCGGAUCAUCACACAGUCAGUCCGAUAGAGCAACGACUUCCGUCCGUGACCAAUCGAGCAACACCCACCCACACAGACAUGAGCCAGGGCCAGCCUCGGAGGCCCGAGGGCGGGGAGGCCAUGCAGGCCGACCGGCCAAUCAAGUACGGCGACGUGUUCGACGUGUCCGGGGAGCUAGCGGCGCAGCCCGUGGCCCCCAGGGAUGCGGCGAUGCUGCAGUCCGCCGAGAACGAGGUGCUGGGGCUGGGGCAGACGCAGAAGGGCGGGCCCGCGGCCGUCAUGCAGUCGGCCGCCACGCUCAACGCGCGCGCCGGCCACGUCGGCCGCGGCCAGCUCACGGGCCCCGUCGCCGACGCGGGCGUCACCGUCACCGAGGCCGACCUCCCCGGCCGCCGCGUCGUCACCGAGUCCGUCGCCGGGCAGGUCGUGGGCCGGUUCGUCGCGCCCGCGCCGGUGACGGCCACCGAGCCGUCGGGCGCGCUGGACAAGGACGCCGUGACCAUCGGGCGCGCGCUGGAGGCCGUGGCGGCGGCCGGCGCGGGGGCGAAGCCGGUGGACCAGAGCGACUCGGCGGCCGUCCAGGCGGCCGAGAUGCGCGCCACGGGGUCCAACCUCACCGUCCCGGGGGGCGUCGCCGCGGCGGUGCAGGCGGCCGCCGACCAGAACGAGCGCGCCGCGCGCGAGGAGGACAAGGUCAAGCUCCGGGACGUCCUCUCGGACGCGAGGAGUAAGCUGCCGGCGGACAAGGGGGCGACGAGGGAGGACGCGGAGAGGGUCGUGUCGGCGGAGAUGCGGAACAAGCUGGACCUGACGACCACGCCGGGCGGCGUGGCGGAGGCGGUGACCACGGCGGCGCGGCUCAACCAGGAGCGCCCGUAGGCGUAGCGCCCUGUCCUCCCUCCAUCUAGAGUCGUACAGCGAGCGUACGCCCGAGGUGGCGCGCAGCGGUGCGGUGCAGGGUUUGUACUUUGUGUCCGAAUAAAACGGUGUGUGCUCGUCGAGUCGGUUUUUUUUUUUUGUGACGUGCUCGUCUAGUCGUUUCUUGUAUAAUAUAGAAUGGAAGUAUGC